AUGUUUUCGAGGUUUCUCCGUGGUUCGUCCACCUCCCAAAUUUCGUGUUUAGUGCGGGGUGGUGGCUGCAAGUCAAACACAUCCCAAUCUAUCUGCCCCGCAGCACUUCAGCCACACCGCAAUGUGAGUCUUUUCACAGGGAGACUGCCCCGCUGGAAACUCGGCGUGAUGCAGUUGCUCAGUGGCCUGCGACACCGGUACUGCCUGUGGCGCCUCCGCCGCCUGCUGGGCGUGGCCUUUGACGAGGGCGGAUUCGAGGAGGGCACUCGUCAGGCGGCGGUCACCAUGAUCGAUGCAGUGCGCCAGGCGGACUGGCCCUGCAUCCGGAGUUGCUGCACGGAGCGGGGAUCGGCCGACAUCUACGGCUUGUCCCAGAUGAGGAGUCCCUACUGCAGUUUGGUUCGCUUCCAGAGGGAACACCUGCGGCAUGCUCUGCCUGUGAGGGUGGUGCGUCGCUGGAUCGAUGGUCGCUACUACGUCAUGGUGGACAUGCUCUUUGUCGGCCUGCGCAACCUUCUCGAUCUCGGAACGGAGCAGGAAAAGGAGGAAAUGCUCCAGCGUAUUCAGAGCGUUCUGGUGAACUCCCAAAUCGAUGAUAAGUUCGAACCGAGCAACUGCCGCCUGGCCAUUGCAGAAAUAGUGCUCACCUUCUCUAUGGAACUGGGCGAUCCUCAGGAUCCUCGGGAUAUUGACGGUGAAGAACAGGACAGUGGCUGGCUGGUGGACUCCUACAAGGUGCAGCGCUUCAAGCUGAUCAGCUUCAGUCCAAAAACACUGAACCUUCGCGUUAUUGACUUUCUGAAACCAGUUCGACAGAAGUAGCCCACAAAGUCUCCG